AUGGUCCACUUGAUCUACCCUCCUGUGUUCCUGAGGAGGACAGCAGAUGACUGCCUCAGAUGCAAAGGAACCUCUGCUCCUGCCACCACCACCUCCUCAGCAGCACCACCUCCUUCGGGAGCUGGUGUGUCUGCUCUGCUGGACGCCUCGCAGGAGAUAGACUUGCAACUUUCAGCCCUCGUCGUGGUUCGGCCUGCAGAGACAGCGGCUCCCUCGGUGCCGUCUGCACCCGUCACCGUGGGGGAAGAGGAGGAGUUGCCCUGUCCUGCCUUCCUCCCUCCCCCUCCAUCUUCUGUCAGUGAGUUGCUGCCUCAGUCCUGGAGGGCAGCUCUCACUGUGGAGCAGCAGGGUGCUGUUUACCAGGGACAGCCAGGGGAGGCCUCGGCUCCUCAGCGAGCUCAACCUCUGGUGGUACCCCCCCCAUCCCCCGACCCCUUCUUUGCAUGUCGGCUGUUCCUCUGGAUGCCACGCCCCCAGCCUUCGUGCAGCGGGUCCUUGACGAAGGCUGGGCUGUACAAGACCAUCCGGAGGGUCCUGGACAUCGACGGCUGGUACCUCAUGGCCACAGAGUACCUGGAGUGCUGUCGAUGUAAGAAGAAGGUCGGGGGGUCGUCACAGGGCAUCAUCAGGCAGCUGUCCCCCACCUACAGCUGCCAGUUUCCAGCUGUACUCACGUACAAGCUGUCCUGUGACAUGAGGGUGGUGAUUCAGCUGAGGUCCCGCACUCAGCUGUACAACACCCUGCGGGAGUAGCACUCGGAACGCCUGGAUGCGGAAGGCGAUCCAGUACCUCGGCGUGUGCGAGCGCUUCAUGGCCUUGUGCUCAGGGAGGGGGCAGAUUCCACCUCCGCCCCAGAUGCCCCCUCUGCCAUCCCCCGUCUGGCUGCUGACAGUCUACAGCUACGACGUCCUGGCGCGGCUGGAGGAGUACAAGGCCAGGAUCACUUCCACCUUCGGGACCAUCUUAAAGAAGGUGACGAAGAAGCUCGCAGGUAUCGCCUCUGACACGGGCAGGUCCUCAUGAGCGUGCUCACCUGCACCGUGAGCGCCGGGGGUCUGUCCAGGAUGGCGGCCGGCUUGAUGAGGCAGCACCGACCCGCCGGAGUACCUCCCCCCCAGCUGAUCUACGUGGAACGCGACUGCUGCAACAGAAACGGCGUGUCAAAAACAGCUGCCUUGUUUCAGGAGUGGGAACAUCUCGUGGUGAGACUUGACAUCUGGCACCUGAUGCGACGCUUCGCAUCCGGUGCCAACACUGAGAGCCACGAGCUGUACCCCACCUUCAUGAGGCAGCUGUCUCACUGCAUCUUCGAAGUCGACGCCGGAGAUGCACGCCGUCUCACAGAGGCUAAGCGGUCCGAGCUGGAGGGGAAGCACGGGAUGGUUGGCCUGACCGACGCCGCUGUGAUCCAGAGGAUCUCCAGGGAGGAGUGGAGGCUCCACCUCCACCGGUUCAUCCCAGGGACCCGGGCCAGUGCCAUGCACUUCCAGGCGUUCCUGGUGGAUGGACUGGUGAGGUGGAACGAGGACCGCGCAGCAGCAGCUGCAGAUGAGGGACAGGUGGGACCUCUGCACUCCUACAGUGGCCACCUCAAGCACGUCCUUAACCUGAUGGCCAGCACGCAACAACCGUUCCAUACCGUUAUAAUAGAAUUGCAGGUCAAGUAAUGUCAUUUCUAAUAAAGCCCUAGUUGAUUUCACUACUUUUAUGCUGUGAUCCUUAUUUCACUUUUUUCGACAUGUGUGCUGAUGCCCGCGUGUGAAUUGAGAGGAUCCAUACCGACUCCCCUAUGGAGCUAAACCAGUCUGAGGGUCCUCCUCAGCUGAGUGGAGAAUAAAUCCCGGAAGAAAUAAACACGUUUGACACACGGCACCUUGAGGAGAGAGAAUCAAAUCCCAAAUGUGGAUCAGGAAGGUCAGCUUUGAUUCCACUAGAGACACCAGAACUCACCAUGAGAGAAGAAAAAAAAGCUUCGCUAAGAAAAAUAAAGAGCAGUGCUGAGGUAGAGGAAAGACCAUCGGAGAGACCCGUAAUACUGUUCUGAAACAUGCGGAGGAAGAGAAACCAAUGCGACCUAAAUCCUCCCAGGUAUGGGGAUAUUU